UUGGUUGUUUAUUAGUCUGCUUCCUCUCUGUUUAAAAUCUUCACCAUGAUCAUAAGAGAGAGAAAUUUCACGCGCCUCCUUUCCCUUUCUUCUCCUCUUCGUUCCUUUCCUUUUCUACUCUCUCUAUCAAUUUCUAAGAAAAUGUCCUCCUUUCUCCCUAUUGGAGUUUUAAUCACCCCCUAAGAAAAGAGGUUUGUUGUUAUUGUUGUUGGAAUUUUCAGUGUAGUUGCGGUGGUUGUCUUGUCUUGUCUUGUUGGAAUUUCCCGUCUUGCUUGCUCUACCAAAAAGUCUCUCUCUUUCUCUUCUUUUUUAGAUCCAUUUUUGCCACUUCUUGCUCCAUAUAUAUAUAAUUGCUGUUAUGUGGUGUUGUUGGAUUCUUCCCAUUCUUAUUUGAAGAAGGGAGUGUUCUGCUUUAUCUCUUGCAGUUGGAGUCACUGCUGUCAAGAUCGGUUUCUUUCCACUUUCUUGAUUUUUCCGUAUUGAUAAUUGUAGAAGAAAAAAAAAAUUGCGGUAUGUCUUCCUUAGCUGGUUGAAUUCGUAUGCAACCAAAAUUCACAUUACCUAGCUAAUGGCUAUUGUAUUCAGUGUGCAAUAAUCGAGCUAAAAUAUUUUGAGUGGUGCUGCAACCCCCUAUUAAUCUUGGCAUGCUUGCUUUUGUAACUGAUGAGAGAAUAUGGGCUUUGCUUAUUGGAUUUGGAGGCGAGGUCUUUAACGAGCAACUACUUUGAAGAUUUCCAAUGCAUAUGCCCUCUCCGUUCUCAAGUUUCCAGCUCAUCGCCUCUUGGGAUUUGGUCAUUCUAAUCGAGUUUCAUUCAGUUCAACAGAUUUAUAUGAGUUUGUGAACAACUACUUAGCUAAACCUUCUCAUCUUAUCCUGCUGGUGGUGAUUUGGUGUUUGUUAGAGGUUACUCAGUGGAAGUCAAAGCAUGGAAGCUUUUGUGUUAUUAUUGUGAUUAUUAUCCUAAGAUAAGAGGGUGCUUGGGUCUGGUUUCAUAUGCUCUUUGAAUACACCUUAUUUUUAUUGAGAAAAUCUCUGCGGGGUCUAGUAUGAUAGGUGGUUGUCAUUGGAGUCAUCUGCAUAGAAGCACUCAGUCAUCUUUGGGUAUUUCUUUCACAGGACUAUUCUUCCAACAAGGCAACAAUAUUGGUUUCCCCCUUUUCUUUUUGAAACCAGCGACAUUAUCUCUUGAGGAAAAUAAUUGUGCAUGGUUUUAGUUUCUUGUUCAGGCCUUCGUUCAAGGUGAAUUUGUUAUAUUUGUUUUCGAUCAACAUUAGCACGAGGGAUUAAGGUGGAUAGUUAAUUUGGUAGUCAAUUCAUUGAUUCUUAUGCUGUACUGCAAAGAGUUGCUGAUGGAGAACAAGCAGAGGGAAUUGAAGGGGAAAAAAAAACUAGAAUCCACUGUGGGCUAAGAUAUUGAAAUCCAUAAAGGGGUGCUAUCUGAUUUUAUAACAAACUACAAAUUCUUGAAACCCUUAAAAAAAUUCCAAUCCUCAGUUUUUGUUCCCACAAUGUCUAUCCAAAAAAUUGGUGUGCAUAUUAUGAUAACUAACUGCCCUUGAGAUCCUGCUUAUCUCUCAUGUCUUUGAACAAUUUUCUUUUCCUUGGUAUACUUUCAGAUGGAUAGGGUUUUGCAAAGAACUUCACAGGACGUGCCCCUGUCCACUGCUCAUAUCCAUGUUAAUGGUGGUUUUGUAGCUGACCAUCCUAGCCACUCAGCAUUAUGUGCUCUGUGCCGAAGUAUUCUUGUACCUGAUAAUGAUGAUCUUGAGAUUAGUAUAUGUGGGCACUGUAAAUUUUUGCUGCUUGAAGAUCUUGAGACCCCUACUCGAGAUUCUCAUUUGAGGAGGCUUCACAGAGGAAGAAGAACCAGGUACAGCAGCUCUGAAUCGAUUGACACCCUUUUCUCACAACAAUUUUCUCAGGUGAUUAAUUUGGCUAGGCAAAACCACAACACCAUUUAUGGGAAUGAGGAUCGAUCUAUAGAUGGUGAUAGUUCUGCUAGGUUGUUACAGCGUACGAGCUCUCGUACAACUCCAAGUAGUUCUCGAAGAUGGCAGCAUCUUUUUUCAGAUUCUGAAAGUGAGAGUUUUGAUAAUGUGGAUUCUCUUUAUGGGGAGAGUGAAAUUAAUUUCAGAUCCAGUAGGUACCGGGUUUUUCACAGUGAGAGUGAUGCCAUUUCUUCAAGUGUGUAUGGUGAAGACUCUGAUGCUUCUGUGGAUGGACAUAGUGUCCUGGACACAGAAAUGUUUAUUCAAGCAGAUGAGGGAAGCAAUUUUGACAGCGAUACUGACAUAGAUCCAAUGCAUGCUGGUCUCCACCAAUGGAACUCUGAUGACCUAGAAGAGGAAGAGGAUGAAGAAGAUGAGGAAUGGGAAGAGGCUGAUAUUGAGGAAGACACAAUUGGAUCGGUAGAAGCUGGAGCUCGACUUCGAAAUAUGUUUAUUUCAAGUCCUAGCGAAGGUAAUGGCCCUGUUAGUUGGCGCAGGCAGUUUCGUUCACCGGAAUUUGAGGGCAUGAAUCGCCGGAGAACCAGGCAAAGUAGACAAGCAUAUAACCAUGGCUUCUUAGCUAACUUGGAAGAAUCAGAAUUACCACGACACAUGUGGAAUUCUGAGUUCGGAGAUUAUGCCACAGGCUUUGGGGAUUUGCUUGAAGCUCUUGCUCGUUCUGAUAUUGGAAGGAGAGGAGCACCUCCUGCAGCUGUGUCUUUUGUGAAUAAUCUACCACUUGUGAUCAUCAAUGAGGAACAUGAGAAGCAUGAUGGUUUAGCUUGUGCAAUCUGCAAGGAUCUUUUGCCAAUUGGCACUGAAGUUAACAAGCUUCCCUGCCUUCACCUAUACCACCCUUACUGUAUAUUGCCUUGGCUGAGUGCACGAAAUUCAUGUCCUCUCUGCAGGUAUGAAUUUCCAACCGAUGAUAAAGACUAUGAGGAGGGUCGGCAAAACUCUAGUACCAGAAUGGAGAUGCAUGGUAUUCAGCGGCAGGAAGUUAGCGAGGACAGUUCAUCGGAUGUCUCAGAUGAACCUCUUGAACAUGGUCAAAGAGGGAGGGGAUUCCUAGAUGUGGGCCCGCCCUUAAAUAGCUCUGGCAGAGAGGGCAGUGGAAGGAGAUGGCUUUUGCUUGCUGCUGCCCCCCUUGUUAGCCUUUUGGGUAUUGUCUUUGUGAUGUGGUGGGGCAAUCCUCAAGGAAGACGGGCAAAUGGUCAUUGCAAUUUCUCUGGGAGAGGCCUGCAUCAAAUUCAAGUUUCUGGCUCUUCCCAACUCAACCAAAGGGGCAAUGGGAGGAGAAGAUGGUGGUCUUUUUUCUGACGAUUUUCUGUGCCUGAACGUGUUUAGUGCCUAAGAUAUUUAUUGUUUUUUUUUUUCCCACUUAUCUUGAAUGGAUCUAAUGUGUGGUCGGAAAGCAUGAUCAUGCCUUGCCUCUAAUAUGGACGACUGGGGAGUGGAACUGGUUAGGUUUCUGGAAGUCCGAUGAAGAUUUGAUCUUUUUAGUUGCUGAUUGGGCAACAUAAUAUGCCAUUCGAUACGCUAAUGACUCGAACUUAUUACUCGAAAAAUAAACAAACAAAUAAAAAAAAAUGAGGGCCUGGCAAGGUCAUACUUGCAUGUUAUUGAA